GGACAGAGGCCGGGCGGGCCCUCGAGGGGGAGGCCCGGACGCCAUCUCCGCCGGCGAACCCCGAGGCCCACCGACCUCCCAGCAACGCCUCUCUUCCCCAGGGCAAUCCCCUCGCCCCUUCUCUAGCUCGACUUCUCCCACCUCAAGGCUGACCGCCACCGGCCCCGCCUCCUCAGAGUAAAAUCAUGAAGGUGGUGAACCUGAAGCAAGCCAUUUUGCAAGCUUGGAAGGAGCGAUGGAGUGACUACCAGUGGGCAAUCAACAUGAAGAAAUUCUUUCCCAAAGGAGCCACCUGGGACAUUCUCAACCUAGCAGAAGCACUACUGGAGCAGGCCAUGAUUGGACCUUCCCCCAAUCCUCUCAUCCUGUCCUACCUGAAGUAUGCCAUUAGUUCCCAGAUGGUGUCCUACUCCUCCGUCCUCACAGCAAUCAGCAAGUUUGAUGACUUUUCCCGGGACCUGUGUGUCCAGGCUUUGCUGGAUAUCAUGGACAUGUUUUGUGACCGACUGAGCUGUCACGGCAAAGCGGAGGAGUGCAUCGGGCUGUGCCGGGCCCUUCUCAGCGCCCUCCACUGGCUGCUGCGCUGCACCGCAGCCUCUGCAGAGCGGCUCCGGGAGGGGCUGGAGGCCGGCACCCCAGCGGCUGGUGAGAAGCAGCUUGCCAUGUGCCUGCAGCGCCUGGAGAAGACCCUCAGCAGCACCAAGAACCGGGCCCUGCUCCACAUCGCCAAACUAGAGGAGGCCUCCUCCUGGACUGCCAUCGAGCAUUGUCUCUUGAAGCUUGGGGAGAUCCUGGCCAGUCUCAGCAACCCCCAGCUCCGGAGCCAGGCUGAGCAGUGUGGCACGCUCAUUAGGAGCAUCCCCAGCAUGCUGUCCGUGCACUCUGAGCAGCUGCACAAGACUGGCUUCCCCACCGUCCACGCGGUGGUCCUGCUUGAGGGCACCAUGAACCUGACGGGCGAGACGCAGCCCCUGGUGGAACAGCUGAUGAUGGUGAAACGCAUGCAGCAUAUCCCCACCCCGCUCUUUGUCCUGGAGAUCUGGAAAGCCUGCUUCGUGGGCCUCAUCGAGUCUCCUGAGGGCACGGGGGAGCUCAAGUGGACAGCUUUCACUUUCCUGAAGAUUCCACAGGUUUUGGUGAAGUUGAAGAAAUACUCCCAUGGGGACAAGGACUUUACCGAGGAUGUCAAUUCUGCUUUUGAGUUCCUGCUGAAGCUCACACCCUUGCUGGACAAAGCUGACCAGCGCUGCAACUGUGACUGUACAAAUUUCCUACUCCAAGAAUGUAGCAAGCAGGGGCUUCUGUCUGAAGCCAGUACGAACAACCUCAUGGCCAAGCGCAAAGCAGACCGGGAGCACGCACCCCAGCUGAAAUCAGAUGAAAAUGCCAACAUCCAGCCCAACCCCGGGCUGAUCCUCCGCGCGGAGCCCACCGUCACCAACAUCCUCAAAACAAUGGAUGCAGACCACUCCAAGUCCCCGGAGGGGCUGCUAGGGGUCCUGGGCCACAUGCUGUCUGGGAAGAGCCUGGACUUGCUGCUGGCUGCUGCUGCGGCCACUGGGAAGCUUAAGUCCUUUGCCCGGAAAUUCAUCAAUUUGAACGAAUUCACAACACACCGCAGUGAAGAAAGCAGCUGGGGGUCAGCCUUUUCAUCCUUCACAGCCAAGGCGGCCUCAGUUCGAGCCUUGCUCUUUGACAUCUCCUUUCUCAUGCUGUGCCACGUGGCCCAGACCUAUGGCUCAGAGGUGAUCCUGUCCGAGUCAAACACGGGAGGAGAGGUGUUCUUCUUUGAGACCUGGAUGCAGACUUGCAUGCCCGAGGAGGGAAAAAUCCUGAACCCUGACCACCCCUGCUUCCGGCCCGACUCCACCAAAGUGGAGUCCCUGGUGGCUCUGCUCAACAAUUCCUCGGAGAUAAAGCUGGUGCAGAUGAAGUGGCAUGAAGCCUGUCUCAACAUUUCAGCGGCCAUCUUGGAAAUCCUCAAUGCCUGGGAGAAUGGGGUGCUGGCCUUUGAGUCCAUCCAGAAAAUCACCGAUAACAUCAAGGGGAAGGUGUGCAGCCUGGCAGUGUGUGCUGUGGCCUGGCUUGUGGCCCACGUGCGGAUGCUGGGGCUGGACGAGCGUGAGAAGUCGCUGCAGAUGAUCCGCCAGCUGGCAGGGCCGCUGUACAGCGAGAACACCCUGCAGUUCUACAACGAGAGGGUGGUGAUCAUGAGCUCCAUCCUGGAGCAUAUGUGUGCGGACGUGCUGCAGCAGACGGCCACACAGAUCAAGUUCCCGUCCACGGGCAUGGACACCAUGCCCUACUGGAACCUGCUGCCCCCCAAGCGACCCAUCAAGGAGGUGCUGACGGACAUAUUUGCCAAGGUGCUGGAGAAGGGAUGGGUGGACAGUCGCUCCAUCCACAUCUUUGACACCCUGCUGCACAUGGGAGGCGUCUACUGGUUCUGCAACAACCUGAUUAAGGAGCUGUUGAAGGAGACGCGCAAGGAGCACACGCUGCGGGCGGUGGAGCUGCUGUACUCCAUCUUCUGUCUGGACAUGCAGCAAGUGACCCUGGUCCUGCUGGGCCACAUCCUGCCUGGCCUGCUCACCGACUCCUCCAAGUGGCACAGCCUCAUGGACCCCCCUGGCACCGCUCUCGCCAAGCUGGCCGUCUGGUGUGCCCUGAGUUCCUACUCUUCCCACAAGGGGCAGGCGUCCUCCCGCCAAAAGAAGAGACAGCGUGAAGACAUCGAGGAUUACAUCAGCCUCUUCCCCUUGGAUGACAUGCAGCCCUCGAAGCUGAUGCGACUGCUGAGCUCCAAUGAGGAAGAUGCAAAUAUCCUUUCGAGUCCCACGGACCGGUCCAUGAGCAGCUCCCUGUCGGCCUCCCAGCUCCACACGGUUAACAUGAGGGACCCGCUGAACCGAGUCCUGGCCAACCUGUUCCUGCUCAUUUCCUCCAUCCUGGGGUCUCGGACCGCCGGUCCCCACACGCAGUUCGUGCAGUGGUUCAUGGAGGACUGCGUGGGCUGCCUGGAGCAGGGCGGCCGAGGCAGCAUCCUGCAGUUCAUGCCCUUUACCACCGUAUCGGAACUGGUGAAGGUGUCAGCCAUGUCCAGCCCCAAGGUGGUUCUGGCCAUCACGGACCUCAGCCUGCCCCUGGGCCGCCAGGUGGCUGCCAAAGCCAUUGCCGCCCUCUGAGGGGCUUGGAGCGACCGCAGGGGCUGGCAGGGAGGGUCCCAGCCCCGGGCGCCUCAGAAAAGGACGUGUGGAAAGAUGAGACAUCAUUGCUCAUAUCCACAUGAUGUAACCGCCCUCGGUCGGUUUCCAGAUCUUUCCCUUGCUCCUGACUUCUGACCUCUAAGACGGCUCCCAGUUUCUUUCAUAAUUUCCUUCCCCACUGCCAGUACCUGAUGCGUGUGAGCAGCCUGGUUCCUUGACUCAGGGCGGUCUCACUGCAGCCCUCCCGCCCGAGCCCUGUGCGCGCCUCCCGCUUCCAAGGGUGGGUUUACCUCCGGGGAACUUGAUAGGUGCAGGGUAUAUGUGUAUAUAUGUAUUAUCUCUUUUUACACGUGGUGUGUUCACCUCGGCUGGCUUGUAAAUAAAGACCUCGUGGAUCCCUC